UAAAUAAUCAAUUUCUCUUUUCCUGCUCGUCAGCCGAAGCGGAACAACGUGUUUGUAUGAUAUGCCAGCCGUAUCUGGCCAUGACCCUCCUCGAAGGGUGACGGGUCGGGCCAACACAGCAGCAGGGGCGGUUUCGCUUCCGACGCAUUUGAUCGUGGUGUGCUGUCACGCGAUAUACUUGGGCGGUAGGGAGAAUCAGAGCAGACCUGCCAGUGUCGAAAGCAAUCAGCAGGUAUUAAACGACAAGGACGAGGAAUCUGAGCGCAACAACAAUUCCAAGAGUCAUCAACAUGACAGCGACAAUGAGGCCAAUUGGCUGAUUGAGCCGUUUCAAAAGGGUGAGACGGGGACGUAUAUCCGGCACAUUGAGGCCGGGGUGCGGAAGCUGGCGGAGGACGAUACCGCGGUGUUGGUGUUCAGUGGAGGAGCGACGAAAAGGAGCAGAACGGUGAAGUCGGAGGGUCAGGGAUAUUUGGACGUCGCCAUCGAGCGCAAUUUAUUCGAUCUCGAAACGUCGCCGCCUACGCUCCGGCCUCGGAUGUUCGUCGACCAAUUCGCCACAGAUUCGUACCAGAACGUCCUGUUUUCGAUAAUCCAGUUUCACCUGUUUAUAAGAGAUAGAUACGGGGCAGGUCUGUCGUUGUCGUCGUCCUGCUCGACCACGAACGCCACUGACCUGCCAGAAUGUCGAUAUCCGACCAAAUUGACCAUUAUAUCACAUCGAUUCAAGCGGCCUCGCUUCCUAGAUCUCCAUCUCCCGGCCAUGCGUUGGACCGGACAGACGACCUUCAUCGGGAUCGAUCCGCCAUUCGACGCUGAGAAAAUGGCCGAAAUCGAAGCCGGAGAUCGGCUGAGAGGGUACGGUGUCUGGGAGAAAGACCUUUAUGGAGCCGGAGAAUUGUUAUCGGCCAAGAGAAAAACUAGGGGCUGGGAUAUACAGCGGUUUCGUCGCGAAGUACUUGAGCGCUUGCCCUCCGUGGAAGAUAGGAUCAAGCUGGAGGAAUUGCUUUCUUGGAAUGGUGGUGAGGAUGGAAGGCUUCGUUGUCCGUAUAAAAUGCCGUGGGAGUGAAACUGAACUAAACCUGAAAACUAUUAUCAUUGCGGAAUACGGGUGUCCAGACAUAUGGACACUAAGGUUCCUGCGAGACAGAUAGAGGGGUGUUGGCGUUCUCGAAAAUAGCUAUACCCAGCACAACGUCGUCAAGAUAGGUGACGGGUGGGUGCUACGUCGUUCAUGCUGUGCAAGCAGGAGAUGAUAAACCCGGGGCACAGAAAGAAAACGCAAGAGAAUCAAGUUUGCUGUCGAGGAUGGGCCACGCACGGCUGGUGCAAAGCACAGCUACGAGGAAUAGAGCUGAUAUCAAUCCGUUCGGAUUCAGUCAAAACUAGUAGUAGUAUUCUAGCUUACACGCAGGCCAAUUCUCCUUCUGGAAGGGUCAAGCAAUGGCUUCCCAGCUUCAUCUGGCCAAUGCUCGUAUCGAAAGCAUCGAGAGUCG